UGAAUUCCGUGAAUACGCACGGCAUUUGUUUUCAAACCGUCUUGGCUUCGUUCUGAAGUUACAUUGAAAGUGUAUUGACAAGUCUAGUUUUUUAAUAAGCUAUUUCAGUAUGGAUUAUUAUCAAGAUUAUCAUGAAGACCCGAGAAUUAUUGCAGGAAAUGGCCACGAUAACCGAGGAACUGCAGGUAUUCCUGGAAGAGACGAUGACAGAAAAUUAUUUGUCGGCGGUCUGAGUCGGCAAACAACUGAUAGAGAACUUAAGGAGCAUUUUGGUAAAUUUGGGGAGAUUGAGAGCGUCACUGUGAAAGUUGACCCCUAUACAGGUCAGUCUAGAGGCUUUGCUUUCAUUGUAUUUGCAAAUCCCAAAACUAUUGACAAAUUAUUAACAUCUGGAGAUCAUUAUAUCAACAAAAGAAAAGUAGAUCCCAAACGGGUAUCAAAGAAGACACAGCAUGGGAAAAUAUUUGUUGGUGGAUUGACCCCAGAUAUCUCUGAUGGAGAUAUUCGGAAUUACUUCUCUCAGUAUGGAACAAUAGUGGAAGUGCAGGCACCCUUUGACAAGGUAAAGAACCAGAGGAAGGGAUUCUGUUUUAUCACAUUUGAUUCCAAAAAUGUUGUUUACCAACUUCUGAAGUCUCCUAAGCAGUACAUCAAUGGUAAAGAGGUUGAUGUAAAAAAGGUGAAGAUUAACCCUGAAACAAUGGGUAUCGGAGGUCGAGGUGCAUUAAGGGGUGAUGCACGUGGCUGGGGAGCAGCCCAUCCUUAUGGUGGCUAUGGCCAUGAAUAUGGCACAGGGUAUGGUGGUGCAGGUUAUAACAGCUAUGACUACGGUGUUCCAUACAAUGAUUAUUCUGGCUAUGGCUACAGUAAUACUGGUGGCAGUCAAGGAUAUGGGAACAAGCCAAGGGCAGGCAGUCGUCAGUUCCAGAGACAUCAGCCAUAUUGAAGUUGGACACUUACGUCUUUUGCAUAUGUCAGUUUUUGCUCUAUAUAUGUUUCUUAUGUUGCACAUUAUAUCAGCUUUCAUCUGUUUUCAUUUUAUAAGUAAUAUUAAUGUAUUGAAUGUAACAGUACCAAUAACCUUCACACUGAGUGUUUUUAAUUCUGGUAUAUAGCAGUCACCACUGUUUUAUGUGGAUUCAAGUGCAGUGUUGUGUGAAAUUCAUGAACAACUGAUUUAAUUAAAAUUGUGUCAUCAUUAUUUGAGUGAAAGUCAUUAAAUGCUUCAGGAAUCUCUGCUUGAACAUAAUUGGGAUCUUAUCGCCAAGUAAGAAAUUAUUCUGAAGUUAUUCUCUUGAAGUUUUAAAAGAUGUGUAAGAAGGUUUCAUUAUACACUUGAAAAACUUCUUGGAUUUUCUUCGUCCUUCUGUCUGUCUGUCUGAAGCUGUCUUUGUUAAAUCAGAUUCAUUUUCUCAUAGUGUUGGCAAGAAUGUGUGAGAUUGAAUAACUAUCUUACAAGUAAGUAACUUUGCGAUGUACAAAUUCCGGAAUACAGUCGCCCCUCUCUGCAGUUUCUUCUUGACUGUCAUAACUGAAUUCCAGCAACAUACAGAAGUACAUAUGAAAGCGUGAACACUACAUGCAGGGUGGUCAUACCUGUUAAAAAUUUAUUUUAACUUUAAAUAUCCACAGAAAAUUGUAAAAGUGCAGAGUGUUCCACAGUUAGGGAAUUUUGUAAUAAUAUAAAAUCAUUAAAAGGAAGCACAUUGGUUUCUGAACAGUUAUGAUAUGCAUCGCAAAGAACAGCUUUGAUUGCUAUUAACAAGCUAAUUUGUAUCGAUCUGUUUCAUAUGAGUGUAAUGAAUUUUGUGACAUUCAAUGUCAGACUUUUUUCUAGUGUAUAUUUUCAAUCCCAGAAUGAAGUCAGUUGAUCUUAGACUACAUGAUUAGACUCUCAUAUUUAAUCUUGGAAGAGAGAUGGACCAGGGAAGGACCCCAGUAGAUGUGUAGUUUAAGUGUGCAGAAGAGACUAAUGUCUAAAUAUUGUUUUCGUAGUGAAUGGAUAUCAUUUACGCAAGAAAUCUGGGAAUACCUUGGACAGAUAUAAUUUAGAAUUGAUUGGGUUUUAAUAUCCCAUGUUUGUGUUGAGGUGAAACUUAAUCAUUAAUGGAAUAGCACUCGUGAAUAUUGAAUACAGUUUAUAGGAUGUAAUAUAGUUGCAGUAAGGGAAAUAACAAACUUAUAGUCAGAUUGUUAAUUGAAAGUUGUAUUGUAAUUGAAUUAUGUAUUUUCUUGAAGUAGGUAAUACAUUUUUAAAGAAAGUGGCCCCCCCCCCAUUAUAAUUUUUGUAGUUUGUUUACAAGAGUAGUAAUUUUAUAAAAUGUCUCCAACAUAUAAUUAGAAGUGGCUUUGCUGGUGAAGAUAUGGGUGUGGUUCAGAAGAUUUGUGAAAAAAUGGAUGAGAGAAACAUUUCACCACAUACUUUUAAAUCAGUUCUUUGAGAGUGUCCAUCCUUUCAUCAAUGUGAAGUGUAUUUUCAGUGGACGUUUGAAGCAGUUCCUUUAUGGCGAUGCUCUUUCAAUCUCGGCAGUCUCGAGGAGUGCAGAGUAGUUACUUUUACUUUUGUUUUAAGUAUUUUGUUAUUCUUUGCGAAUAACAAGUAGAAUCAUAGGGCAGCCUAUUUUGUUUCAUACAGUGAUCGUGGACUUCCAUGGACUGUACUUAUUUUGUUUCCAUAAUAUGGCCAGCAGUUCACCAGGUAUGUAGAUAAUACCUUUGGUAUUAUGAAAACUAAGAUAUAUUUUUUGUUUAUUAGGAUAUAAAAAUACAUGUAGAACUGUACAAGCAUGGAGUUUAUGUUAUAUAAGGCUCCAUUAUAAUUUCAACAAAUUAGAAGCAUUUUUACCAUGUCAAAACUAUUUGUUCUUUUCUGAAGAGGUUAUGGGUAUGGAGGAGAACUUUUUUUUUAAUGAAAAGAAAUACUUGACUGUAACAGUGCACUUUCCUGUGCAUAAUUCCAAACUCCACGGAUGGCAAACGAAAUGGUCGACUGAUCCAAAAUCUUUUGAACCUGUCAUCAAUGUACAAGUUAACAGACUCUUAUUAAUUAACAUUAAAGAUGGGAGUUUUGGCAGUGUGUUACUGCUGUCUCACAUAUGACACUGAAAUAAAGUUUGUAUAUCUUAUAGAUACUUUUUUUAAUUGUACUUUGGAAGAACAUUCGAUGCUGGAACAAAAAUUUGAGUGUUAAAAGCUGUUCAGUUUGCAGGACUUUUUUCCUGCACUCCAUUAAAUAUUAUUUUCUUGUUCUGUCUUGUAUGAGCAUCUAUACUGCAGUAAACGAACUACCUGAAGUACAAGAUGUCGUACAAUUGUACUGCACAAUACAUAAUGUUUCCAAAUGUGUAAUCUCUACUUCUAUAACAUUUAAUGUGUAGUAUGUAUGUCUUUCUGACAGGGCUCUAUUUGUAGGUAUAUAAUAUAAUUACAAUAUAACAAGUAUUUGAUAUGGAGUGGAAAUAUUAGCAUUUUUAAUAUGAAUAUGUUGAUAGUUGCAUACCUGUAAGGACAGAGUACUUGAAAGGCCAAACAUGCUGUGGUUUUUAUGAUACCUUUGCCAAGGACCAAUAAAAGGAACGAGGGGAAGUCAUAGUAAUUUAGACCACAGUGUUGUUAUAAAGAUGCAAACUCAUUUUUCUUCCAUUGUAUACAACCUUUUAGUAAAAUACAACUAGAAAUAGGCCUGAGGUGGAA